AUGGCCGAGGGCGGCGGGGGCGCGCGGAGGAGGGCACCGGCGCUGCUCGAGGCGGCCCGCGCGCGCUACGAGAGCCUGCACAUCUCGGACGACGUGUUCGGCGAGUCCGGCCCGGACAGCGGCGGGAACCCCUUCUACAGCACCUCGGCCGCCUCGCGCUCCUCCUCGGCCGCCUCCUCGGACGACGAGCGCGAGCGCCCCGCGCCGCCGGGGCUCGCCCCGCCGCCCGCACUGCGCGCCCAGGAUCCCGCGGAGCUGGAGGAGGACGAGCUGGGCGCGGGCUGGAGCACCACGCUGCGGGAUCGCCCGCCCCCGCGGUUCGAGGACACGGGCGGCCCAACCCGGAAGAUGCCCCCUAGCGCCAGCGCGGUGGACUUCUUCCAGCUCCUCGUCCCGGACAACGUGCUCAAGAGCAUGGUGGUCCAGACCAACAUGUACGCCCGGAAGUUCCAGGAGCGCUUCGGCAGCGACGGCUCCUGGGUGGAGGUGACCCUGGCCGAGAUGAAGGCCUUCCUGGGCUACGUGAUGUCCACCAGCGUCUCGCACUGCGAGUCCGUCCUCAGCAUUUGGAGCAGUGGUUUCUAUAGCAACCGCAGCCUGGCCCUCGUCAUGAGCCAGGCCCGCUUCGAGAAGAUCCUCAAGUACUUCCACGUGGUGGCCUUCCGCUCCAGCCAGAGCACGCACGGCCUCUACAAGGUGCAGCCCUUCCUCGACUCCCUGCAGAGCAGCUUUGACGCUGCCUUCAGGCCGUCCCAGACCCAGGUGCUACACGAACCCCUGAUCGACGAGGACCCCGUGUUCAUCGCCACGUGCACGGAGCGCGAGCUGCGGAAGAGGAAAAAGCGGAAAUUCAGCCUGUGGGUCCGCCAGUGCUCCUCCACUGGCUUCAUCAUCCAGAUCUACGUCCACCUGAAGGAGGGCGGGGGCCCCGACAGUCUGGACGCGCUGAAGGACAAGCCACAGCUUCACGGCAUGGUGGCCCGCAGCCUGUGCCGGAACGCAGCUGGCAAGAACUACAUCAUCUUCACAGGGCCCAGCAUCACCAGCCUCACCCUGUUUGAGGAGUUUGAGAAGCAAGGGAUCUACUGCUGUGGCCUGCUCAGCGCCAGGAAGAGUGACUGCACUGGCCUCCCGCCUUCCAUGCUGACCAACCCGGUCACCCCGCAAGCCCGGGGCCAACAUCAGAUCCGGACGAAGGGCAACAUGUCCCUGAUCUGCUGGUACAACAAGGGACACUUCCGCUUCCUGACCAAUGCCUACUCCCCGGUGCAGCAAGGGGUCAUCAUCAAGAGGAGGAGCGUGGAGAUCCCCUGUCCCCUGGCUGUGGAAGCCUUCGCUGCGCACCUCAGCUACAUCUGCAGAUACGACGACAAGUACAGCAAGUAUUUCAUUUCUCACAAGCCAAACAAGACAUGGCAGCAGGUGUUCUGGUUCGCCAUCAGCAUCGCCGUCAACAACGCCUACAUCCUGUAUAAAAUGUCGGAUGCCUACCAUGUCAAGAGGUACAGCCGGGCGCAGUUCGGAGAGAGACUUGUCAGGGAGCUGCUGGGCCUGGAGGACUCGUCGCCAGCCCACUGAGGCGGCACUGGACCAAGGGUGGCAGCGACAAGGGGGAGGGAGCGUGCCACCCACCUGCCCGUCAGGAGCUCCACGUGCGAUCAGAAGGUCUGCGUUCAGAGUCGUCCCCUUGGUGCGGCUCCCAGAACCCGACACGGGUUUACCGGAGGCCGUGACCACGGGAGGCACCAGUGGCAGGAUGCUCGGCCGGCUUCCCAGAGGUUGAGGGAUGAUGCCGAACAGGAGUCCAGACCUGGCGAGCUUGAGAUGGGCCGUGGGCGGUGCCCUGGCUUAGCCCGCGGGCAGGUGCGUUUCCAAUGCUUGCCUCCUGCGAGCAGCUUAGAUGGCCCGCUCUGGGAGAUGGCACAGCCUGGUGCCACUGACGCCAGAGGUGAUGGAUGGGAGCCACCGUGUGCUGACUACCAGUUGGGGGGGUGUUCCUGCCACCCUCUGUGGGGCUGGUGGAGGAACAGUGCAGAGAGAGAAACCACCAGGUUUGCAGCCAGGGGUGAUGCUGGGUUUUAUUUUUCAAUAUAUCUUCAGGUUAUUUUCUUACUGUUGCUUAAGGUCUACUGUACAAGCGAGGUGUCCCCUUCCCACCUGCCUCACGUCCCCUCAGCGUUCCUUGCAUGAUCACCAUUCUGUCUGACCCGUGUCAGGGUGGGAAGGGCUUCUGGCCUCCAGGACAAGGGUUGGAGCCUGCGGGCCAUGCAUUUUUGUCACACAUGUCAUCAUGGACAGAAUGACUUGUUUAAAGAAACAUGUGGGAUCGCAGAAACGAAAUCCUCUACCGAGGACCGUUUGCAGUAGUCUUUUCCCUGUGUGUGGUGGUCCCACCAGAGGGGACAGCAGGCUUGGGAGGCCUCGGCUUGGGAACAGCCCGGGUUAGGGACGACUCGACGCAGGGUCGGGGACAAGCCGUUGCAGAGGCGAGAGCACUGUGUGAACAGCACCUGGCGGGACACGCAGGCCUCCCCGAGACAUGGCCCUUCCCACCUGAGGCUGCCAUGGCUCCACAGAGCCGUAGCCCCAGGGAGGGGCUCACGGCCCCCACAGAUGAGAAACCAGUGAUUUCUGGAUCCACAGUCCCCUCCAGUUUCCACAGCCCCUCGCUGCACAGGCGCAGGGUGUCCCCGACUCGGGCCUCAGGGUGCUGCUUCUCACUCACGUGAGCUGAGGUGUGGCUGGCAGCAUGCCCUCCACUCCUUGCCAUUUCUGUGCCCUUGUUCUCCACAAGCACCCCCCCACCCCCGUGGCAGGACCUUGAUGCCACGGUUCGUACACCCAACUUCAGAUUUGUGUUUCAGACACCUUUGCUGCGCCCUUUAAUUGGAUCGAAGCACUUUUACCACAUGGAGAAAUAUAUUUUUAAUUUGUGAUGCUUUUCUACAGGGUCCACUAUUUCUGAGUUCACAUGUUUCCAACACUUAGGGAGACUAAUGAAGGCCAAUGAAUUUUCUUUUCUGUCCAAACAAGUAAAAUAAAAUAAAAGUCUAUUUAGAUGUUGACUGUUACUUUGUGGUUUUGUUUCCAAGAUCCAGGGACAAAAUGACUCCUUUGAACUUGCUUUCCUAUUAAAAGACCAGGUGUGUGUGAGCUUAACUGUUCUUGGCAUUCUGAACUACUGAGCAGUCCAUAAAGGAGAUUCAGAUACACUUUGUGGAAUGGAAAUACAUAUGUUGAUGGAGGUAUUGAAUGUAGUUGCCCAUUCUCCCCCUUAUCUGUGAUCUUGGUUAUCCGAGGUCAACUGUGAUCCAAAAAUACUAAAUGGAAAAUUCCAGAAAUAAACACUUCGUAAGUUGUAAAGUUCUUUUAUAGUA